AACUGAGCAUUCGGGGGAGAAUGGCCUUGGUCAGGGAGGUGACCAAAAACCCGAUGGUCACUCUGACAGAGCACCAGAGUUCCUCUGUGGAGAUGGGAGAACCUUCCAGAAGGACAACCAUCUUCUGUCAUGGAGUGGAGCCCUUAUCAAUUCCUUUCUCUGUCUCUUAUCACCCAGAAUUGCACUGCAGUGACAGAAGGUAUUUCAAUGGAGCAUCCACCUCCUCCACCACCAGGACCACCUACAGCUGCCUCGGGGGCCAAGCAAGAAGAAGCUGUACCAGGCCAUAGCGGCAGGAAAGACCUCUGCCAAGGGGGAUCACGCAGAGGCCCGGUGCUGCUCAGUCAGAGGGAGAGCAGAUGUGGUCUGGUGGCUCUAUGGAUGGCAGAUCACCUACCACAGCCCCCUCAGUGUUUCCAUGGAGACCAUAGUCCAGACAACAAUGGACAGGGGCUACACAGUACAGGGGAGAUGUUCUCAGGUGUCUUGUUGGGUCUAGACCAGGACAACGUGAGCAGAGAGUACACUCAGUCUGAUCCCACCCUGCCCUGGCUACUCCUGCCCCAGGACAGCACCUCAUGCCCAUGCCCCUGUCCCACCGUGGAGGCAAGAGAAGCUUACGUUCUGGCAAAGCAGGGUAAGAGCCUGCGCUACCAGCUGUGGAGCCUGGACAAGGUGGCCCAAAGCAAUGCCCAGCUGAGGGAGAUAGAUCCCCAGAGGGCUGGGGACUGUACCCAGUGUGUGGUGCCCAAAGGAGGGGUGGAGGCCGGGCUGGCAGGCCAGGUUGUGUUGCUCCACACUGGGGGACAGACUCAGUGAUCAUGGGCCUUCUCUCCUGGAACACUGUUAUGAUACAGUUGGAGACUCAUUGGCCUGGACACAGGAAAACAUGACAGUCUAUAAUACUGUAAGUAGAGGACAUGUUGAAAGGGUCUUAGGAUGCUUUCCUGGGUUGGCAUUCAUUUCUUCUGUAGGACACCGGAGGAUGAUCAUAAGACAGUUCUUAUGUCUACUACUUAUCAGAAUGAAGAGUUUGAAUGUGAAGUUUACCUUUGCAAAGAUCUGUGGCUCCUCCAUGGCUCCUGUUUUCCAGGGUCUGAAUAGACCCUGUGCCUUACUGAAAUGUUUGAUUCACUUCACAUGGUCAAACUGGCCUCAUUAUCCACAGUGUAUUUUUUUACCUGCGUUCUCUGUUUGUCUGUUGCCAGUUCGUCUUGUCUUGUCAGGUCUUACCAGGGUGUUUUCCUGUCUCCCUGCUUUCUCAAGUUCUGUUUUCCCGGCUCUGACCAUUCUGCCUGCCCUGACCCUGAACCUGCCUUGCGUUCUAUACCUGCCUGACUCUGACCCAUUUACAAACCUCUCCCUGUCCUGACCCCAAGCCUGCUGGCUGUUCUGUUUCUUUUUGACUCUGCCCUGGAUUACGGACCUCUGCCUGCCUUUGACCUGUCUUUUGCCUGCCCCCUGUUUGGAUCAAUACACAUCUGUGACUCUAGCUGUCUGCAUCUGGGUCUUAUCCUGAGUUCUGAUAGUACAAACUGGCCUUGACUGACCCUGCAAGGAGCCACCAUUGGAAGACACAAGGAGUUACUGCAAUGUCUUAUGGAGGGACUUCGUACCCUGGCAGAACGCCAUGAUCAGGCGUUCGAUAUAUUGCUGGCGCAAUUCCGCGGAUUCCCCACUGGGCAGCGGGUCACACCUGUAUUCUCCCAGCCUAGCCCAGUGUCCAGAGAACCCCGCUUACCACCUCCGGAGUGCUACGCUGGAGAUUCUGGAACCUGCCGGGCUUUUCUCUCCCAGUGCUCCCUCAUUUUCGAUCUGCAGCCUUCUUCGUUUCCCUCGGACCUCUCGAGGAUAGCGUACCUCAUAACGCUGAUGUCCGGGAGGGCACUCGCCUGGGCUACGGCGGUGUGGGAGCAACAGUCCACCAUCUGCCUCAGUCUGGAGGAGUUUGUGGCGGAAAUUCGGAAGGUGUUUGAUUCUCCGUUGUCUGGGAGAGAGGCUGCUCGUAAGCUUCUCCAGCUACGUCAAGACUCCAGUAGUGUGGCAGACUACGCAGUGCAUUUUCGCACAUUGCCUGCUGAGUGCCUGGAACCCGGAAGCAUUGUUAGACAGGUUCCUUCAUGGAUUAUCAGAGGUGAUCGAAGAUGAGCUCGCAACCCGGGAGCUCAUGAACCUUGACUCCCUCUUAGCCUUGACCAUCCGAAUCGAUGGGCAGCUUCGAGAAUGUAGCAGGGAGAGGGAAUCUGUGCCCUGUCGCCCUCGUUCGCCCUCGAUUCCACCCUUACUCCAAGGGAUCUCGGAGACCCCCGAAGUCUACUUGUCUAAGUGAACCCGACGUCACCUGAGUUCGCUCGGGAAUAACCAAGGGCUGCCGACUCGCCUCCUUCGGAGUCCAUGCACCUGGGCAGUGCUAGGUUGACUCCGGCUAAGCUCUUACACUGACUCCACACCCAGAGCUGUCUAUAUUGUGGAGCUACAGGACAUUUCUUAGCUACCUGCCAUUAAAAACCCAGGCUCAUCAAGAAGGGGUGAGUACUCUGGUGGGCCAUAACUUGGAUGCUGGUGGGCCUUGACUUAGGAUCACACUACUGGCUGUAAACGAAUGAAUGAUGCGCGUUCAGAGCAAAACUGACUAUCCAAGGCUCAGAGCAAAACUGACUAUCCAAGGCUCAGACAAUCGUUCACUUAACAACAGAAUGCAGCACGCUACUGAAGAGAGAAGAGACAACCAAUUUGCUAGUUACAGCAUCAGCGCCUCAUGAGCUGUAACCGAAAAACAACUGGCAUUUGGAUAGUUUGAGGUGAGGGAGAAAAUGUGGUGGAACAAGUAUUGUUAGCAUUAAGUAAUGCUAUCUUGCUAGCUGGAUCGAAUUCUCCAUUAGCUAGCCAGAGAAAUGUUGAGCAACAUUUGCCAGCUUAACUGAUUGAGUUUAUGGUGUGAAAAUUAGCUGGCUAAUAAAGUCAGACAGCUAACGUUAGCUAGCUAACGUUACAACAUCAGAUGAGCUAACAUUAGUAACCUAACCAAUUUGCUGUAGUAUUAAUUGGUAUACGACUCCUUGCCGUUCCUCAAGUUAUAACGCGUUAGUUGCUUACUGGACCCUGGCAAUCUGUGUGAAAUGUUGACUAGUUAACUAGCUAACAAACUAAUGUUUAACCUCUACAGUAUGUGAUUA